AUGAGAUGGUCGUCAGGGCUGGAUGUGCGCCCUCUCUCCGCCGAACCUGUCCGAGGCCCUUCGAACCUCUCCUCGGCCAGGCCAGGCUCCGCGACCAUCUCCGUACGUAUGCUGCUCCUAGGCACGUCGCCGAGCCCGGCAUGGCCGCCGGUAUCGUCGUUGAGGCACGCCGUCCAUGACGUGAAGACGUUGGACAGCAGCGAGUUGUGCGACUUCGGGCGGACCGGGCGUCGUGUCAGCAUCUCCGUGGACAUGCAUCGCGACGAGACGCGUCGGGCCGUGCGCGUUGUGAUGGUUCCGAAGGCCUUGAUCAGCGUCUGGCUCAGGAGCUGGCGGAUGGCCGGCAGCGAGCCCACGAUGAUGGAGCCGUUGAGUUCGAGGCCAAUUCAGAGCACCACGUCCGUGUACACCCAGUUUGGAUUGGAGGAGCGCGCGAAGGACUGGAGGUAG